AUGGCGACUGCAUCACCAACACCCAUCGGUUCAAGCCACUUGUCGGCUCCCACAAGAAGACCUUCGCUGAGAUCGGGCUUGAGGAGGGCGCCGUCGAGACCACAAAUUGACCGCGCGCUAUCGAAUCCACCUCCCUCAUCAGCCCACGCAUCCUCCAAAUCGCAGUAUAACGCUGCUAAUGCCGACAGCUCCGACGAUGAGAUACCUGUGCCUAUGAAGCUCAGUGCAAUCACAAAGGCUCUCUUGAACGACAAUGCUUCGGAAUCAGAACGCAAUGAACAUGGGAGCCGGGUUCGUACUAGAGCUCAGAGCCACCGGCCGUCCUCGCCAGUCCCCGCCGUGCAGGAGCAGGAGAAGUCAGUCAAGCGACGCAGUAUCUUGGGCAACUCGACGGCGGAAGAGAAGAGGACCACGAGAGCUAGCAGUGUUCAAUUAUCGUCCAGACCCACGUCGCCGGUGAAGAGCCAGGCUAGUCGGGAAAAUAGCCCUGUGAGGAAGCGGGUCGUAAGACUGAGUACCACACCGGGGGCGGCUGCUGCGGCGGCGACAGCAGCAGCACAAUUCAGAUCGUCAGCAAGAAGGUCCACGUCUCUCUCGGCUUCGCAGCGGAGGACCCGGCCCCCUAGUCGGGAAAGCCAGGGCGAGGAUAAAGCGAACGCAUCAGAAGUCAAGGACGUCAACACCCCCGUGGCUCAGCCCGCCAGAAGUGUGCGAAUUAUCGUUGGAUCGUCCGGCAAUAGAGGUCGCUCAUCAGGCUCGUCUGGAGUCUCUUCUAGAAGAGUAGACUCUGCCUCCCAUCCUCCCUCUGAGAGCGAAGCACCGGAAGACCCUGCCACGGCGCCAAGACAGCGAGCACCACUGAACCAGGGUAGUGUUUCGCGACCAGGCUCUAAUGGGUCGAGAAGUCGCGCUGAGGAGAACCAGGUGCAGAGUUCUAUGCGUGUCAAGAGAGUUGGGAAGAUCCCAGGCAGCUUUCUCAGUGGCCCGGCUCGUCGUGGCCGAAGGCGACAGAGUGAAGAGGAUGGCGAGAAUGAAGGCGAGCCACAGCACUCCAGUCAGGAGCAGGAGAGCCAACUGCCACAGGACCUUCUGGACAUGGAACCCGCGGAUAACCUAGUCUCAUCUUACUACGUGCCUGACCGCCUGGCGUCUGGAAGUCCUGUUAGUGCUAAGAGCUCUGCCAGGUACAUGAGGGAAUCCUCUGUACUGGAUAAAGCGCCAGGCAAGAUAUCGGGGCAAGGUUCCCCUGAGAGAGAUGAGAUCCCCAUUCCUCAUUACAAGAUCCCGCCCCCGCGGGCGGAUAUGCCAUCACGUCAUGACCAGGAGAAUGAAGCACCGCCACCAUUCAAAAGAAACCAAGAGCCGUUGUUGGAAAAGGAUCUGGCCAAAAUACCGUCACGGCCAUUGAACACCGAUAUAGCUGUACGGCCAGCGUCCCCCGAAAGGAAAGCACUGGCCCCUUUGAGCCGUAAUACCCCGCGGCGCGUAGCACCUCCGCCGCCACCAAAGAUGUCAAUCCUUGACGCGGCAACCUCUGCGGCUGGGGCAGCCACAACACAGCAAGCAUCCAAGAAGCGCAACUACAUGAAGCUCAAUGGAAAAUACUAUACCCGUUUGGAUACUCUCGGUCGUGGAGGUAGCGCUAAGGUGUACCGCGUGGCGGCGGACAAUGGCAAGAUGUUCGCCCUGAAACGUGUCGCCAUCGAAAAUGCCGACGAAUUGGCCAUUCGCGGAUACAGGGGCGAGAUUGACUUACUCAAGAAGCUGAAUGGCUGUGACCGGGUGAUAAAUCUCUUCGACUACGAAAUGAACGAAGAGAAGCAGGUUCUUAGCCUUCUUAUGGAGAUGGGCGAAUUGGACUUAAACACACUGUUCCGCCUCCGCCUCUCGCCCGAAGCAGCCAAGUUCGACUCUGUCUUUGUGCGGUUCUACUGGAAGGAGAUGCUGGAGUGUCUUGCCGCUGUCCACGCAUUCGACAUAGUCCAUUCAGACUUGAAGCCGGCCAACUUCGUGCUUGUUCAGGGUCGCCUCAAGCUCAUCGACUUUGGCAUCGCGAACGCCAUUCAGACGGAUGAGACGGUCAACGUUCACCGCGAAACCCAAAUCGGCACCCCUAAUUACAUGUCGCCAGAAAGUCUCAUCGAUUCUAACACGACCGCCCCGGACGGCAGGCGGCUGUCAACCCACCCCGCCCGCCUUGGGACCAAGUUGAUGAAGCUCGGCAAGCCAAGUGACAUCUGGAGUCUAGGCUGUAUCCUGUUCCAAAUGGUCUACGGAACGCCGCCUUUUGGGCACAUCCCUAAUCCGAUGGCUCGGUGUCACGCCAUCAUUGAUUGGGACUAUGCUAUCACGUUCCGCGAGCGUGGCAUGGGUGAUGUCCCUGUUCCCCCUUCUCUGUUGAGAACCAUGAAGCGAUGUCUGAAUCGUGAUCAGCAUUUGCGACCUACAUGCCAGGAGCUGCUGAGCAUGGAAGAUCCGUUUUUGUACCCCGUCGAAGUACCCGAGGGCCAGCUGCCGGUGAGCGAGGAGCUGCUUGGUAGGAUCAUCCAAAGCGUGGUUGCGCGUUGUCGGGAGAGGAUGCCAACGGAAGCCGAGGCGAUUAGUAUAUGGCCCGGUGCAUAUUGGGGCAGUGUUGCAAAGGCGGUUGGGAAGGAUGUGCGGUGA